AUGCUCACAUUCACGACAACUACGAACGGCUUAAAAAACACUGUUCUUUCGCUUGAAAGACAACAAACUGGUCUUGAAUCUAUUGAAAAGCCUCAAGAAGAUAUCCUUCUUGAACCAUUUCGUUAUUUAUGCGCUAACCCCGGUAAAGACAUACGCUCCAAGAUGAUUGAAGCAUUUGAUGCGUGGUUACAAGUGCCCAAAGAAGAUUUAAAAGUCAUUACAAAAGUCAUCGAAAUGCUUCACAGUGCCAGUUUAUUGAUCGAUGAUGUCGAAGAUGACUCUGUGCUUCGUCGAGGAGUGCCUGCUGCGCAUCACAUUUAUGGUGUUCCUCAGACAAUCAAUUGUGCAAACUAUGUUUACUUUGUUGCAUUAUCUGAGCUCACUAAAUUAAACAAGCCCAAGAUGAUUGAUAUUUAUACUGAGGAAUUGAUCAAUUUACAUCGUGGUCAAGGCAUGGAAUUAUUCUGGAGAGACACUUUGACUUGUCCCACAGAGAAGGAAUUUCUUAAUAUGGUAAAUGACAAAACGGGUGGUCUCUUGAGAUUGGCCGUCAAAUUGAUGCAAGAAGCCAGUCAAUCGACAGUUGACUACACUGGUCUAGUAAGCAAGAUUGGUAUUCAUUUCCAAGUACGAGAUGAUUACAUGAACUUGCAAUCAAAGCAGUAUGCUGAUAAUAAGGGUUUCUGUGAAGACUUGACUGAAGGAAAGUUCUCUUUCCCCAUCAUCCAUUCUAUUCGUACCGACCCUUCCAACCGUCAAUUGCUCAAUAUUCUCAAGCAACGUAGUAAUUCGGUUGAACUAAAGCAGUUUGCCCUUCAAUUGCUAGAAAAGACAAACACCUUUGCUUACUGUCGACGUUUCUUAUCUGUCUUGGAAAAAGAGGCCAGAAAUGAAAUCGCUUCUUUGGGAGGCAACAAGACUUUAGAAAGAAUACUGGAUGCUUUGAGUGUCAAGGAAGAAGAGAAUGAUGCUAUCUUGUUUAGUUCCAUCUAA